ACUUUCCGUCUGACGUGAUAUCGCGCACUUCGACUCCCAGCACGCGAUGACUUGAUUUACGAUUGGAAUCUUCUCUUCUUGCAUUUGCAUAUUUGUCGCUGCUCCUUGGAUUAGGGGAUAUUAGUCGGAUGUGGGCAUGGCGGGGCUGCCAUUGUUUCAACCGCGCGUCCCGUUGCUUGGAUUAAUAGAUUCAGCGCAGGAUGGAUGACGUAAGACAAGACCCAAAAUUCAAGACGAAAAAAAAUUUACUAUUGGGUCUUGCCUAUUGUUUGACGUUCCUACAAACAGCUCUGUGCCAAUGCCCGCUGGGCUCCACAUCGUUCGAAAAAGUUGCAGGUUCCUCCCUGCGUGGGACUCGGAUGACCCCCCUCUACAAAGGUACGCCAGGGGAGCCAUCCAUUACCAAAGAAUGCUUGGAGAGGUGCAGGUCCUUGACAGACUGCAACUCUAUGUUGCUGAGCUACACUGCCAUGAACUGUAUGAAGUCCCCAAUGACGUCAGAAGGAAGGAGGACGGAUGUGACGCCUUCAUCACCACCUUCUUCUACCAGCUACUUCGAAAAGAUUUGUCUCUCUGCUCCUCGUUGUGACCGGCUAUGGACAUUCGAGAGAGUCAUUGGGUACGAAAUUUCCGGAUUCGACCACCGAACGAUCCCCGGAGUUGCCAGUCGUCUGCAGUGUGAAGAACUCUGCUUAAGAGAACAAGGGUUUGCCUGUCGCUCUGGAGAAUAUGACUAUGCUUUCCAGCAAUGUCGUCUCAGUAGCGAAGACAGGCGAUCCCAACCGUCAUCCUACAGGCCUGCAUUUGGAGAUGUUGAUUACUUUGAGAAUCAAUGUGUUUCAGAUGGGAGCAGUGGUUGCAGUUACGAAGAGAAACCAGACACAGAUUUAGAGCAUGUCGACGCUUCUAUGUCCGCCAACAGCGUAUCUGAGUGCCAACAACAGUGCGACGCCACGCAAACCUUCCUCUGCCAUGCUUACAGUUAUAGAGAACCUGCAUCUACAUGCAAAUUGAGCAGUGACGAUACUUUUAACUUGGGAUCCAGUGCCGUACGUAGAAGAAUGGGGACAUCGUAUUUCCAACGUAGCAACUGUCUUGACUUGAAGCUGACCUGCACGGACACCAGCAUGGUGCUCGUUCUUAGAACGCGAGAGCCUUUUGACGGUCGCAUCUACUCCCAAAAUAAACCCUACGCUUGCCAAGUCUAUGGAGACAAGCAGACGGUGACGAAAUUCGCUAUGGAUGUCAAGGGACAGUGCGGCGUGGAAUUAGAGGGUGAAGAUCAUUUGACCAAUACUGUCGUCAUCCAGUACCAUCCACUGAUCCAGCAGAAGGGCGAUAGGGUUAUCAAGCUGUACUGCUCCCUCUUUGAAGAACAGAACAGAACGGUUACCAAGACAUUCCGAGUAGCUCAAGGGCUGGAACCAGCAGUGACUGCAGUUGUCAAUGCUACUGCUCCAACUCCUAACAUUCGGCUCAGGAUUACAGACAUCAACGGAACAGACAUCACAGGCACUAAAAUUGGAGAGCCUCUGUACUUUAGAAUAGAGAUUGAUGAAGAUAGUGUAUUUGGCAUCUUUGCUCGAGACAUGACAGCAAGAAAUGGAAGAGGUGAUUUACAAAUCACGCUUCUCGAUGGCGAUGGGUGUUCGGCCGAUCCCAGGAUUUUCCCUCAUUUCGAAAAGAUUCCCGGCACAAAGUCCUUGCAAUCUCGUUUCCAAGCGUUCAAGUUCUCUGAGGAUCCAGUGGUACGAUUUCAAGUGAAUGUUCAUUUCUGUCUUGAGGAAUGUAAUCCCAUCAUCUGCCCUGGAGGCGUUCAAUCGUUUGGCAAGAGGAGGAAGCGAGAAGACAUGUCAGAGAUUCCAAUUGUCCCCGACUAUCCACUUGUUGCAGCUAUCGUCGUUCAAAGUGCAUCUUACGGGAAUGAUACUGGACCUACUGAUUCUCAAUACAUUGAAGAAAAAGAACGUGAAAUGUCCGACGAACUGGUGUGUACCACAAAGACAGUAGUGGUCGUAUCGUCACUGGGGGCCCUCUUCCUUCAGAUCGGUCUGCUCGCUGCAUGUGGUACCUGUCUGCUGCUUACCAGGAAAGAACACAAACCUCGUUACAACGAAGACGCCGCUUCCACCAUAACAGAAACAUUGCCACCAUUUGGAUCAGAAACGCAUCAUUCUCGCUUUCGGUGACACGUCCUCAAAUUAGAUUCCGAGACCACUCCCACGCAAUACUGCAGACUGAUGUAGGAAACUUUUUUUUAUGAGGAGCAUUUGGGCUUCGAGUAAUUUUCUGCAUACAUGUUGAAUGUUUUUUACACUUGAAGAUAGAUUUUGAAGAUAUGUGUUCGGAUGUUAUCCAUUUAAGGUGGAAUAAAUUGAUUAUUUAAAUUUGUUCGAGGAAAGAAGAUAAUUCAAACAAAAUAUUAUCGGGUUUACAUGUAAGCAACAUGUUUCCUUUCAACGACGUCUUGCCUACCUGCAUCAUGCCUCCGACACACUUAAAGACUGAUUCCAAUUCAGGUUUACCUAAAAUUGUCUAUGACCCUGUCGAAUAUGUUCGAAUUUUAGCUUCUGGCAGAAAAUGUUUGUUGAUCGUCUUUAGAUCGACAUCAAGCUAUCAAACCGUUUGCUAAAUAGGGUGAAAAGCUUGACGGUUUGUUGCUGCUAUGCAAAUAGCAGCAACGUUCUUAAAUUUACGUCGAGCUUGCUAUUGGUACAUUCAGAGCUAACAGUUGUAUAUUUUCAGAACAUACAAAUAUCUUGAAAUGUAAUAAUAAUGGCAAUCUUGCUCCAUAUUACAAUUAUGAUAGAUUCAUAGCUGUUUUGAAAAAUAAGAUAGAGGGUAGAAUUUCUCUAUUUUUUUUUUUUUUUUUUUUUUUUUUUGGAGAUCAAUGUACAGGUGUCACGCUUAUGGAGGCUAAAGAAAAUAGGAGUUCAAACUGGUCUUAAAAUUUAAAUAUAAAAUUAAACAUAAAUCAUUUAUAAUAAUUUUUAAGUUCUUGAAUGAAGCAUUUGUUCGAAAAUAAGACAGAUAGAGCCAUCAGUCUGUAGUAUUUGAGGAGUGGUUUUGACAAAAAAAGAAAUCGCCGUUUGUCAUAAAUACUUCAUAUGACAACAAUGAUUUAAUGUGUCCUAAUAUCGAAUCACUGCCAUUCGUGAACUGAUGACAUUAGGCAACAACUGACUUUAUUUGAUAGAAACAUUUUACCGAGUUUUACCUUUUACAGCCAACAAGAUUUACGGAGUAUGUGUGAUGAUGACUGUCAUGAUUGAGUUUUCAAUGUAAUUUCAUAUUCAUUAUUUAACAAAAAUAAGAAAAUAAAUUAAAAUUUUAUGUGAAUAUU